AUGAAUACGAACGUCUCUAUCAAGACGGUAGGGUCGUGGAAAACCCUACGGUUGGGGAAGUCGUGUAACAAGUAUGAUACGGACGAGUACGGUAAGGCGGUUACGUAUUGUGAUACGGACGAGUUCGGUGACGCGACCGAGUAUGACGGCUCGUUCACGGCGAAUGAUGAUGCCGACGUGAACGAUGAUGCGGACGUGUACGAUGGAGCGGACGUGACGAACGCGUACGGCUUCGCAUUGGAGACUGCGAGCCACGGAUAUGGAUUGGACGGUGUGCUGCUCGAGCUCAGUGGAGCGAGUAGUAGUGCGCAAACGGACGGACGGACGAACGGGGCGGCGUCUGAAGUGCGUGAUGAGCCGAAGUGA